AUGGCUUCGAACACUAAUAUUAUUGCUGAUAAGAGAGGAGUUCCGUCUCAUCUUGGUCUUCAUCUUCAUCUUCGUCGUCAUCCACAUCUUCUUCUUCUUUUCUCUCUCUUAUUCGUUGCGAAAUUCGAUCUCGUUUCGGGUUUAAAUUACACAAAGCACAGUAGGAAAGUGAGUAGCUUGAGGCAAGAAAGAAUUCAGAAACACUUGGAAAAGAUAAACAAACCUGCUGUCAUCACCAUUGAGAGUCCAGAUGGAGAUAUCAUAGAUUGUGUUCAUAAAAAGAAACAGCCAGCUUUAGAUCACCCUCUUUUAAAAAAUCACAAGAUUCAGAAAGUUGCACCAGAGAUGCCGAAGGAGAAAAUGUUGAAAAAAGGAGAAGAUUUAGCAUGGCAAAUGUGGCAUAGGAAUGGGACAAGAUGUCCCAAAGGAACGGUUCCCAUACGGCGGAGCACAGCUCAUGAUGUUUUGAGAGCGAAGUCUUUGUUUCACUUUGGCAAGAAACAAUCAACCAUCAUCAACCCUACGUCUCGCCGGACAGACGCCCCCGACGUCGUUAGUGGCGGCGGACACGAACAUGCGAUUGCAUACACGGGAACGUCCCAAGAGGUUUACGGAGCGAAGGCCAUGAUAAACGUGUGGGACCCAUCGAUCCAAGAGGUCAACGAAUUCAGUCUAUCACAGAUUUGGAUACUUUCGGGAUCAUUCGACGGCUCUGAUCUCAACAGCAUCGAAGCUGGAUGGCAGGUCAGUCCGGAGCUUUAUGGUGACAGUAGGCCGAGAUUGUUCACAUAUUGGACGACUGAUUCCUAUCAAGCAACCGGAUGCUACAACCUUCUAUGUGCAGGCUUUGUCCAAACAAAUAGUAGAAUUGCCAUUGGAGCAGCCAUUUCUCCUGUCUCGCAAUAUGCUGCACAUCAGUAUGAUAUUACCAUCCUAAUUUGGAAGGAUCCUAAGCUAGGAAACUGGUGGAUGGGAUUUGGUGAUAAUACCCUAGUAGGUUAUUGGCCAGCAGAGCUAUUUACUCACCUAGCAGACCAUGCCACCAUGGUGGAAUGGGGUGGUGAAGUAGUGAACUCAAGGGCCAACGGCAAGCACACAUCAACUGAAAUGGGCUCCGGUCACUUCGCCGAAGACGGGUUCGGAAAAGCAAGCUAUUUUCGAAACCUAGAGAUAGUUGAUACCGAUAAUAGCUUGAGUUCGGUUCAUGACAUAUCAACCCUAGCCGAGAAUACGAAUUGUUACAACAUCAAGAACUCUUACAACAAUGAAUGGGGCACGUAUUUCUACUAUGGAGGACCCGGGAAUAAUCCACGGUGUCCUUGAUCGUCAUCGUUGUGUUAUUAUUGUCGUCCGGUCAAUUUCAUGAUAAAUUAUUAUUUUUAAGACGACGUAAAAAGUGUUGUAGAAAUAUUAUUUAUUGUGCAAGUAUGAAUUAUGCUACUUCCACUAUUGUUUUUGCUUUGCUAAUUUAGUUGGCCUUUAAUGGCGAAGAAGGAAAUGUGUAUUAUUAGUUAAGUAAAACAAACGGCAAAUUCCGCGCUAACAAGCAUGGAAAUAGCAAUAUUUUGGGAAUAGGGUAUGUUCCAAUGUGAUUUUUCCUUAAUUGUAACACUUUUAGCAUUGUUCCAUUACAAUAGACUCAAAAACUUUAUUUGGAUAACCUAA